GCAGAGGAUGCUGGGAAGGCUGCCGAGGCGGCGGGGCAGCUGUCGGAGUGCCGGGCCGAGCUCCGCGCCACAUCUCUCCUGCUACACCGCAUCAGCCAAGACUGGCGGUGCCAGCUGUGCCCGGGCGGCUGGCUGUGGUCCAGGGGCAGCUGCUACUACUUCUCCGUGGGCCUGCAGGAGGACCGCAAGUGGAACGAGAGCGCGGCGUUCUGCCAGCAGCACGACGCCCACCUGGCCGUCAUCAGGGACCACCGGGAGAUGGAGGUCAUCCAGGCGCAAAUGGGGACGUAUGAGCCCAUGGCGUUUCUGUGGGUGGGGCUAACAGACAGGCUGGAGGAGGGGCAGUGGGUGUGGGAGGACGGACAACCCCAUCAAGACCACACCCUGUCUGAGGUGCAGUGGAACUCUGAAGAGAGAGACUGUGCGGACAUCAGGGGAGACGGGAGUCUGUUCGCUUCCAGCUGUGAAGCACACGGACCCUGGGUGUGCGAGAAGCCAUGGAAUCCCCGAAAACCAAGCAGCCCUGCCUCUCUGGCUUAG